AAAAUAAAAGUUGUUGCAAUGCCCAGUUUUCAUACCUGCAUUUGUCUCAUAACAUCUAUAUUUACAUAUUACAAGAAAAUCAGGAAGAUAGCAAAAUAUGGCGUGUUUCGAGAGGGCGUCACCAGCAUUAAAGCAGAUUCUGCUUCAACUCUAUCGUGCUGAUAAGCCGGUAGCAGUCGAACACCACUUGCAUGAAUUUGGAUCACUCCAAUACCACAUUCAGUCAUAUGUUUCAGAAGCACAUCAUGUAUAUCUGUCUAUCUCGACCCCUAUUUUGUCCACGGGAUCCUCCAUCUUAUACGGAUUCCCUCAUUACACCAUAGAAACCGUGAAGGGAAUCUGUCACGAAGUAGUCCAGAUCGUUGAACCGGCUAAAACAGGAUACCAGUUGACUCUUAAACUUGAUUUCUCUAAAAUUCCGCGUAAGAAAGAUGCAGUGAAAAUAAUUACAGAUAUUUCAUCUGUACAAGCGGUAAUACUGAGCUCUCAGCUACGAGAACUACUGAAAAAUGUUAAUGAUCAAGAAAUAUCUCAGGGGACAUACAAACCGAUUAAACUUGUUUAUCAUCCUAACGAACCUUUCUAUGUCGUAAAACAGCCAGCAAAGUUGACUGUAGUUUUCCCGAUUCGGUUCAAAGAGCAUUCAGAUAUAAUUAUCGCCAAGGCCUUCUUUCAGGAGCUUGUGGAUGUUGGAAACUCAGGGGCGUGUGCUAGGGCGCCUCCUUGCUACUGGUCGCCAAUUCCACCUCCCGAGUUAAGAGGUGAAUCCAUGAAAGAUUUGAGCACUAACGGAGGAUUCGUAUCAUUCGAAAUAUCUGCACGACAUAUUGAAGGCAAGAAACUAGACAAGACGGUAUGGAACCUGCUCAACUUUAAUGCAUUAGUAAAGUAUCAUGUAAAGUGUACUAAAGGGUUUGUGCAACGAAGAAUGAGGAGCCGUUUGCAGAGCUUGGUUGAGGCCCUGCAGCAGCACACGGGCAUGGAAGAGGACCAUAAUAUAGCGAAAGUUAAAGGACAUAGACGCAUGAAGAAACUGAUUAAAUUUACAAGAGGUGCCAUCUUAAUGAAAAGAUGGAACUUGAGAAACAAGAUUAAAAGAUUUCGUUCCAGAAUAAGAAUUCGCGGAUUUAAAAAGUUUCAAAGACGUUGGUUGAAACUUCCUAGUUUCACUUCGGUAACGAGCUAUCACAAGUUAGAGAAGUUCUAGAGAAAAAGAAGUUGUAUGAUAAUAAGCAUACAUAUUUUUUAUUGUUCUGUCUGUCUAAAUGCUAGCCAAUUGCAUAAGUUUAUUCAUAUCUGUAGAUCAAAUAUAACAAAGCAAUUAAUAGAGCUUAUAAAGAACAUUUUUAUAUAGAAA